AUGAUUACUAAUGAGGGCAAGACUGUAAUAGAAGAUGAUACUGUGGAAGGAAAAAGCCAAGCAAUGUCUACCAAUUUAAAAUACCUUUCCUUGGGCAUCCUGGUGUUUCAGACCACGACUUUAGUCUUGACCAUGCGUUAUUCUCGGACGCUGAAAGAAGAAGGACCUCGUUACUUAUCCUCUACAGCAGUAGUUAUUGCUGAACUUCUGAAGAUUCUGGCCUGUGUUCUGUUGGUCUACAAAGACAGCAAGUGCAAUUUACGGACUCUGAACAGAGUGCUGCAUGAUGAAAUACUUAAUAAACCCAUGGAAACUCUUAAGCUUGCUAUUCCUUCAGGAAUUUAUACUCUUCAGAAUAACUUGCUGUAUGUAGCAUUGUCAAACCUAGAUGCAGCCACAUACCAGGUUACCUAUCAGCUGAAAAUUCUUACCACAGCAUUGUUUUCUGUGUCCAUGUUGAGCAAGAAAUUGGGUGUAUACCAGUGGCUUUCUUUAGUGAUACUGAUGACAGGAGUGGCAUUUGUGCAGUGGCCUUCAGACUCUCAAGCAACAGUUGCCAAGGAACAUUCAGCAGGGUCUCAGUUUGUAGGCCUGAUGGCAGUUCUUACAGCAUGCUUCUCUAGUGGCUUUGCUGGGGUUUAUUUUGAGAAGAUUUUAAAGGAAACCAAGCAGUCCGUGUGGAUCAGGAACAUUCAGCUCGGAUUUUUUGGUAGCAUAUUUGGACUGAUGGGUGUAUACAUUUAUGAUGGAGAACAACUGUCCAAGAAUGGAUUUUUUCAAGGAUACAAUAAACUUACUUGGGUAGUUGUUGCUCUACAGGCACUUGGAGGGCUGGUGAUUGCUGCCGUGAUAAAAUACGCAGAUAACAUUUUAAAGGGCUUUGCAACUUCUCUUUCUAUUAUACUGUCAACACUCAUCUCCUAUUUCUGGCUGCAAGAUUUUGUCCCUACAAGUGUCUUUUUCUUCGGAGCCAUCCUUGUAAUAGCAGCUACUUUCCUGUAUGGUUAUGAUCCCAAACCUGCAGGAAACCCCAUUAAGGCAUAG